GUAAAAGUUUCCGCUGUUUAGAUUUUCCCCCGGAUUUCUGCUUUGCAUUUCCUAAAACAGUACAAUGCACCGCACUUGCGGAGAAUUUUAGCGAUAAUUAGAAAAUAAUUUAACACAUUCAUAAUAAUUUAAGUCAGAUCUAUCACCCAAUCUCACAAACUUUAAUCUGUCGUAAAAAAGUUCAUGAAUCACUCGGUGGUAUAAACCAGCUUAUCACAAGGAAUUGUUUAAGGGUAUUUCCAGAAGAGAAUAUAGCAUGUCGACUGGAUUUUUGAAAGUACAAGGUACUAAAAUUCUUGAUGCUAAUAGCAACAGUGUUGUUCUAAAAGGAACUGCAAUUGGUGGCCAUUUAAACAUGGAAAAUUUCAUAACUGGUUUCCCAGGUCAUGAAACUGAACAUAAGAAUGUCAUUAAAGAAAAAAUAGGAGAAGAAAAGUACCAGUACUUCUUUGAUAAAUUCUACGAAUAUUUUUGGACAGAAAAGGAUGCAGAGUUCUACAAAAAUGAGUUGGGGUUCAACUGUUUAAGGAUACCAUUCAAUUACAGACAUUUCAUUGACGAUGAUGGAGAUAUGUUCAAGAUAUUGCCGAAAGGUUUUGAAAGAUUAGAUAGAAUAAUCGAUAUUUGUUCAAAAUAUGGUGUCUAUACGAUAUUAGAUUUGCAUUCAACCCCAGGUGGACAGAAUCAAGGAUGGCAUGCUGAUUCUGGAAUCCAUAAAUCGAUCUUUUGGGAUUUUAAAAUAUUUCAGGACGUAAUUAUCAAUUUAUGGAUUGAACUUGCUAAGCAUUAUAAGGAUAAUAUAUGGGUUGCUGGAUACAAUCCAUUAAAUGAACCCGCAGUUUCCGAUCAUUCCAAGCUAGUUAACUUUUAUAUUAGAUUGGAUAAAGCCGUCAGAAUGGUUGAUUCGAACCAUAUCUUCUUCAUUGAUGGAAAUACGUAUUCGAUGGAUUUCACGAAAUUCCCACCACCCUCUGAAUUCAUUUCAAAUGCUGUCUAUUCAAUUCAUGACUAUUCUACAUAUGGAUUCCCGAAUAUUGAAACGAGUUUAUAUCUGAGCACACAAGAGGAAACUUUAAAAUUAAAGAGGCAAUAUAAUAGGAAAAUUGAAUAUCAUAAGAAAUAUAAUGUUCCAGUAUGGAAUGGUGAAUUUGGGCCUGUUUAUGCUUCUCGUGUCAGAGGUGAUAAAAACCCAGAAAUAGUGAAUAAAUCUCGUUAUCAAGUUUUAAAAGAUCAAUUGGAAGUCUAUAAAGUUGGUGAUCCAUCUGGUGAUGAAGAUCCAAUAUCAUGGUCUAUCUGGUUAUAUAAAGAUAUUGGUUAUCAAGGUUUAACUUACGUUUCCCCAAAAUCCAAGUGGUUUCAAGUUUUUGGUGACUUUCUUAUUAAGAAGAAGAGGUUAGGUUUAGAUAAAUGGGGAAAUGACAUUGACCCUGAGUACAACCGGUUGUAUCAAAAGUUGGUUUCUCACAUUCAGCUGAAUGUUCCAGAAAAAUAUCAUAAAGUAUUAUAUCCUCAUACAUGGACUAUUAAGGAUUAUGUUUUCAGGGUUACUAAAGAUAUGCUUUUCUCUCAAUAUGCUCAACACGAAUAUGCAGAUUUAUUCGUAGGAUUGAGCUUUGAAGAAUUGGAUGAGUUGGCCUCUUCUUUCAAGUUUGAGAAUAUUGAGCAGCGAGAGGAAUUGAACUCAAUUUUAAAAACUUAUUAAUUAAUUCUUCCAAUGUAUAGAUUCUAAAUUAAGAAAUUUUAUAGAUAUGAACAUGAACUCGUUAUCUCAGAAUCGCUAAUAUAAAUCAGUAUCUACCAAUUCUCCCCGACAAGUGCUUAUAUAAGGAAACGAUUAAAUUGCAAGAUUUUAUUUGACUAAUCGAAAUUUCACAUAUAUUACUUUAAAAAUAGUGUAACAUGAUGAAAUGUGUCUUUCUCGUAUCGUAAUUCAUUAUUUUGUAUCUCGAUUGCUUCAAUUUCAAUGGUGUAGGUAUUAUAGGUAGCAGAUAUAUUUACAUAACUCUAAUAAAUCCGUAUAUAAGUGCCUUAAACAAUAAAAGCAUUUAAAUGGGGAAACUACCAUUGUCUUAGAAGGCUAAAAAAU